AUGAGAUUCUUCAUCAUCCUUCUUUUGGCUCUUUUGGCUGUUACUGCUCUUGGUAAGACAGACUUUGUUAGUCAAAAGAUACAGUACUAUUUACUUUGAAAUACUUUUCAAAAUCUGUAUUAACUUUUUGAUAAAAAACCAAUAAUUCAUUUUACUAUACUAUAAAGUUGUAUGUAGGAGCUGCCCAUCACGGUAAGAAGCCAGUUCACAAGAAGCCAGCCCAACAUCCCCCAGCCCACAAAGCCCCAGCCAAAGCCGGUACUAAAGCUCCAUCUGGAACUGGUGCCACUUCAGCUGCCAAGACUACUGGUGCUGCUGCGGCCGCUACUACCGCCAAGGCUGCUUAA